CCCACACGAACCGCCGCAUCGCCCAUCCAGGCAACCCCCCUGCAUCUGUGCCGAUUGAUGGAGGCACGCGCCAGCUGCGAAUGCAUGGGUGGGCAGCGCCUCUUGGCGGCGACCGAGAACACUUCAACGUCAACUCAGAGAUUCUCAUCCCAUUCAAGUUGGAUUUACAAACCCGGGGCCAUGAUUGGCCAUGGAAAAAUCCACGAUGUCGACGCGAGAUGGCCUUGCCACAAUCGCGCCACGGCUCCGUUCUCUCUCGCCGCUCUCGCAUGCAGCUUCGUUCGUCUUCCCACGAACGGCGACGAAUCCUCCCCCGUCCACGGGGAUAUUGCCACAUCCACCAUGUCGCAUACGCGACGCCUCGAGUCGGGCCUGCCGCCGACAUGUUGAAGUUGCGGAGUCCACAUGUCGUCAAUUCGUCUGGCGUCGGCGCUGGCAAUUGGCCAGUCGACCAGCCAACGGCCGAGUAUAAAUACAUCGCAUCAUGCGACUGUUCUUGCCGGGCUCGCUCCGUCAUUUUCGGAUCCGCUCGGACACUACAUGGACGCAAUUCAAACGUACGUCGCUGCCAAGUCGGUGGUCGUCCUGAACGCUGGCAACGUCCGUGUUAUGCCCACGAUCCUCGCACGCGCCGGACGCGUCCACGUCGUCGACAGCAAAGGCCAGCAGUGGGCCGCACCGAACGCGUCGUUUGAGCGAGGCAAUCCCCUCACGUACAGUGUGUCGGCACCAUUCGACGUCGUGUGGAGCAACAUCGACGUGACCGAGAUGGACAUCGACGAUGUCCGCCAGUUGGUCAGCGCCGUGGCCAAGCUGGCGCGCGACGCGAUCUUUGCCGUGACGAGUGGCCACGGCGUUGCGCUCCUCGAGCAAGUCGUUCAAUCGAAGCACGUGGACGUCGACGCGAAUGUUGCGGUCGUGUCGAAGGUGUCGUUUGCAUUGGCCGAUUCGUCGGAAGAGAGCGUUGUGGCGGUCUGGUCGGACCGGAAGAUGCCGCUCAUCUGGCGGGAUUCUGUCUACACUGGCAAGUGUGCGAUCAUGACGGAGCUGUACACGGCGCAGAAGGCGUACAUUGCGUCGCUGAUGGCGCUGGAUCGCCCCACUUCGUACGUCGAGGUCGGGUGCGGGACGUCCGAGAUGGGGUCGGUGCUCUUUGAGCGCAUGGCGUACACGGUCGGCGUCGAAAUCAACCCGGUCAUGAUCGAGUUGGCGAAAGACAUCCACCCUGCGAUGCAUGCGCAUCCGCGCAACUACCUGAUUGAAGGCAACGCGUUGGAGCUGGAAGCGAUCCUGAAGCGGACCAUGCCGGCGGACUUUUGGACGUCGACCCGCGUCGUGGCUAUUCUCAUGAACACGUUUGGAAUUCUCCCAGAAGCGAUUCGCCAAGGCGUGAUUGAUCAAAUGAUCGACGUUGCCGGCGACGACGGUGUUGUCGUCAUCGGGUGCUGGCACAGCGAGAGCUUCCGCCGCGGCGUCCAUGAAUACUACAUGAAGAACCCGGCGCUCGUGGGGGACAACGUGACCCUCGACAUGUGCGACUUCACCACGAGCGACCUUUGGGUGCCGUCGUCCAAGUACGAGUCGCAUUGGUUCUCGGCCGCCGAGCUCAAGCGGUUUGUUCAAGCACAUGCGGCCAACGGCUAUGCCGUGUCGACGCAUGUCGAGGGCAUUGGCAUCUUUUUGACGUGCCGCCGACAGCGCCGUGCCGACGCCGCCUCGACUCUGUAAUCGAAACCACUACCGUUGCUAUAUCAUUUACGUGUGUUCGCUAAACUUGUACUGUUUCCACUUGUCCGA